CGGCGUCACGGCUGGAGCGGGGCCGGAGCUGCAGUGCUCGGAAAGGAGGAGGCUGAAGCUGGGAGCCUCUGCGGGGAUGCCCUGCCCGACCACGGUGAGUCCGGCUCCGCGUCCAACUAAGAGCACGGUUAUGAGCCGAGCGCGGCACCGAAUCCCCCUCGGGGCUGCGGGACGGGGAGCGUUGGGGGCUGUUCUCGGGAAGCUGUGAGCACUUACAGCGAGGCCGUCCCCGGGGGAAUUCCCUGCCGUUCCCCCGCAAGCCCGGACUCAGCGCCGCAUGUUCUUAUAUAACGCGCAGCCUCCACCUGCCGCUGUGCUGAGGACAGCCGAGCGGGCGCUGCCGCCGCUGCGAGGAUCCGUCGCCCCCCCCGGAGUCCCCACCGACACCGCCGCGCUUCGCAGUCCCGCGGCGAUGCUGUUCUGUCCCGACCCGACCGUGCGGCGGCCGCCCAAGCGGGCGUUCGCUCCUCUCCUCCUGCUGCUGGCAGAGCUGGGCUGCAGCUCCCCACCCACGUACCAGUGGAGAGACGCUGGGACCAAGGAGAGGGUCACCUGCCAGCAGUGCCCGCCGGGGACGUUCGUGGCACAGCACUGCACCAAGGAAAGGCCGACGGUGUGCGCGCCCUGCCCCGACCUGCACUACACGCACUACUGGAACUACCUGGAGAAGUGCCUCUACUGCAACGUCAUCUGCGGGGAGCGGCAGGUGGAGGUGCAGCAGUGCAACGCCACCCACAACAGAGCGUGUCAGUGCCAGGAGGGCUUCCAUGCAGAGAUGGAGUUCUGUGUGCAGCACUCCGAGUGCCCGCCGGGCUCCGGCGUCGUGAAGUUGGGUUCCCCCUCUGAGAACACGCAGUGCCGUGCCUGCCCGCGGGGCUCCUUCUCCUCCUCCAGCUCCAGCACUGAGCCGUGCCGGGCGCACCAGAACUGCACACAGCUGGGGAAGGAGACCAACGUGCCAGGAAACCAAUACCACGACACCCUGUGCACCUCCUGCAGGAUGAGUGGGAGCAACAGCACGCGGGAACCAGCUCCACAGGACGAGGACUGUGAGCAAGCCCUGAUCGACUUCGUGGCGUACCAGAACAUCCCCCUGCGGAAGCUGAAGCGCCUGCAGCAGAUCCUGGAGCGCACGCCCAGGAAGCAGGACCCGGAGACCAAGGCCGUGGUGCAGGAGAAGCUGCGGACUGUGCUCACACACCGCAAGCAGGAGAACUCAGCCGUCAUCACAGAGCUGCUGGCUGCGCUCCGGGCCACCAAGCUGACCUCCAUAGAGAAGAAGGCACGGGAGCGCUUCCUCUUGUAGUGAGAACACAGAAUGGACUCUUAGGGUUGUUGGGUUGUUUGUUUGUUUGUUUUUUUACCAUGGUUCCAUUAAUUUAUUAAUGUUUCAUGAAUGAACUGGAAAGGCAGUGUGGUUGAGUGCUGCGUUGUGCCGCGUGUUGGGUGCUCCUCCAGUGUGCCAGGAGCAUCUGCAAUCCGUCAGCAAAGAAACGCCCCCAGCAGCCCCCUCCUCCAUGCAGGCCUGAGCCUGGCUUAGUGCUGUGCUGUGUGAGUUUGGGUUUGGGCUGUCACCGUGUAGUUGGAUUGAUGGCCCUUGGGGCCGUGGUUUGGCGGGCAUGGGUGGUGAUGGGUCAACAGUUGGACUGGAUGGUCUUGGAGGUCUCUUCCAACCUCAGUGGUGAUGGGGUGUUGGGGUUCAUUUGCUCUUGGCACACUGAUGAGAAAGGAGUGGGCUGCCUGAGGCAGGCUGGGGGGAACAUGUCCUUAAAGUCUGAGGUCCUGCUGGCUUUCAAUUCAUUUUUGAGCUACCUGAUUUUAUACCAUGUGAGAUACGUUUUCUAAAGAAAGAAACCCAAGAGGUUAUUUUGUUACAUGA